UCGUUGCGCGUCUUUAUAAUUUGGAGAGGUGUAUGCAGCGCACGGCCCGUUCGCCUUUCCAGGUGGAAAUCCAGGAGGAGCUGAGUCCAAACUUAACUGGGACGACCCGGUUCAGGACAGGUGAAAUUCCCAGCAGGCUGCCUGUAAGGCCACAGGAUCGAUCCAGAUGUAGGAAAAAUAUGCAGUGUAUCUCAGCGUGGGUCAUGGAUGAGAUCCCGCAGCACCGUGGAGGUUUAACUCCAGCCAGUUGAAGUAUCACUGACCGAUCAGGAGUACCAAGGAUAUUCACACAUUUCUCUUUGGAUUCGACUGUUUCUAUGAAAACUCCAGCUUUCUUUUAGUUGAUCAAAUCUGCAAUGAAAAGGAGGCAAGGUGGAGAGGAUUCAGUGAAGCUGCUGAUUUGAAUGACCACAGUCUCACACAAGGAAGGAUACCGUGAAAAGGCGCCGAAAUGAAGGAAAAAUCCAAAACGGCCGCAAGGACUAGACGGGAAAAGGAGAACAGUGAAUUUUACGAACUGGCCAAAAUGUUGCCUUUACCGUCGGCCAUCACCUCUCAGCUGGACAAAGCCUCCAUAAUAAGACUGACAACGAGUUAUCUGAAGAUGAGAAUUGUUUUCCCUCAGGGUUUGGGUGAGGCUUGGGGUCAUACAAGUCGAACAAGAUCUUUGGACAACAUUGGACGAGAGCUGGGAUCUCAUUUACUGCAGACGUUGGACGGAUUCAUCUUUGUUGUGGCUCCAGAUGGGAAAAUAAUGUACAUUUCAGAGACAGCGUCGGUCCAUUUAGGACUGUCUCAGGUAGAGCUGACUGGGAACAGUAUUUAUGAAUAUGUUCAUCCGGCCGACCACGACGAGAUGACAGCCGUGCUGACGCCACAUCAGCCUUAUCACUCACACUUCGUCCAGGAAUAUGAGGCGGAGCGAUCUUUCUUUUUGCGGAUGAAAUGUGUGCUGGCAAAAAGAAACGCAGGCCUCACCAGUGGUGGAUACAAGGUGAUCCACUGCAGUGGCUACCUGAAGAUCCGUCAGUACAGUUUGGACAUGUCGCCUUUUGAGGGCUGCUACCAGAACGUGGGUUUGGUGGCUGUGGGUCACUCCCUGCCGCCCAGCGCUGUGACCGAGAUCAAGCUGCACAGCAACAUGUUUAUGUUCAGAGCCAGUUUGGACAUGAAGCUCAUAUUCCUGGACUCCAGGGUGGCAGAGCUGACAGGUUAUGAGCCCCAGGACCUGAUAGAGAAAACUCUGUACCAUCACGUCCACGGCUGUGACAUCUUCCACCUCCGCUGUGCACACCACCUCUUGCUGGUAAAGGGCCAAGUCACCACUAAGUAUUAUCGUUUCCUGGCCAAGCACGGUGGCUGGGUCUGGGUCCAGAGUUACGCCACAAUCGUCCACAACAGCCGGUCCUCAAGACCUCACUGUAUAGUGAGCGUCAACUAUGUCCUCACGGAUACUGAGUAUAAGGGAAUGCAACUGUCUUUGGACCAAAUGAGCCCCACCAAGCCAGCCUUCCCCUACACUGACAGUCACAGUGAAGACAGGAAGAGCACCAAGUCACGUCUGACCCAGGCCAAGGCCAAAGCCAGAGUGUCACCCUACCCACAGCAGUUUUCAGCUUUCAAUCCAGAGCGUUCAGAGUCAGAUCAAGACAGCCAGUGGGGAGGGAGCCCGCUGACAGACUCUGCAUCUCCUCAGCUGCUGGAUCCCAGUGAGCCUGCAGAGGCAUCUUGUGCCUACCGACUGUAUCCAGAUUCUGGCUCCCUGUGCUACGGCCUGGGUCUUUCAGAGGACGAUCUCGCCCAUGCCCAAACACAUCCUCACACCUCCACUUGUGACCGCGUGCGAUGCCAGAGUGGCCGGUACUUUCUCGGAACCCCCCAGUCAGGAAGAGAGGUGUGGUGGGACGCCACGCGCUCUGUGCUCUCGCUGCCAAAAUCGUCCGUAGAGAACACCGAGGGCUACGAAAUCACAUCCUACCAUGGAGCCAUUCACGGACGGGGCCACUGGGAUGAAGACAGUGUAGUGAGUUCACCCGAUGGAGGCGGGUCCACCAGUGACUCGGGUGAGCGCUACCAUGGUGACCACUUCCGGGCAACCCCUCGAGAGCCCAGCAAGAUGGAAACCCUGAUCCGAGCCACGCAGCAAAUGAUCAAAGAGGAAGAGAACCGCCUGCAGCAACACAAGGCGCCGCUGGAUGUCUCAGGCCUCGCCAAAGCGCACAGCCCAUGCUUCACCUCCUCACUAUCGCACCACUCCCAGCUCACCAUGCCCAGUGUGGUGUGCCGUGGCCCGGGAGCCCCCAGCAUCGACCUCCCCUCUGAACGCCUCCAUCAUCGGGACAGCGUCAAAGUGCUUGACGAAAAUACAACCAGUCCGGCAUCUCUGUCCCGUCUCAGCAGCCCCAGCUCUGAUGGGAUCCCCAGGUCGGGCCUGUCCCUCACCAAAGACUACAUGCAGACGGAUCUGUCCCCCCACCCUCCACAUCCCCAGGGGAGCCCGCUGCUCUAUCCGGCCCAGGAGAGGCAGCCACUGGACAGGCAAGCGGCCUAUGCUUUGACUGGAUACUCCCUGGAGCACCUGUACGACCCGGAGAACCUGCGGAGUUACUCUGGCCUGGCCUGUGGAGGAGUCCAGUAUGACGUGGCGUCCCACGUGAGGAUGCAGGCUGAGCAGAUGCAGGGACACAAGGCCACGUCAGUUAUCAUAACCAAUGGGAGCUGACGAUAUCUGGUGCCGAUAGGUCCUGUUCUCUAGAUGAGGAUGUUACAGGAAGAUGGUGCUUUAUGCACACACAAACACUGACCAGGUGCUUGAUACAAACGGCCGGACAAUAAAAAAGAGAAAAAAAAAAGAAUAAAAGGUACCUCCACUGGGUUGCUGUGCCAUUGGCGGCUCAUUCAGCACAAUUUGUGUUCGUCAGCCUUUGUAUCAUACCAUGCUAUUCUCUUUAUCAUCAAAGGAUGUUAUGUUAGUGUUCAAGAACGGAAAUUUGGUCUGCCACUUCACAGGGAGGAGGUUUGCUCAAUUAUAGAAGAAUAUAGUGUUAUUUUAAUGGUGAACUGGAUUCCCCUCCCUGCAAAGGCGACCUAAGUUUUGAGUCUAGUUAAACAUAAAGCCAGUGUUUCUAUUCCAAACGCCUCACGCACCAUUGGCCAUGUAAGUUAAUCUGUACUGGACACGCUUUCCAGAGGCAGUAAAAAAAAUGUGUUGUUCCAUUGCCCCUUCACCUGAAAACUCCAUCGCACACAGCAUAAUGUUUGACACAAGAGGUGCAUCAUUGGAAAGGCGAGAGUUUUACUAUUGUAAGAUGUCAAUGUUUCCCGGUAUUUAUUUGUCAGUGGGCUGUUUUCUGUAUGUGUCAUUUUUUUUCUAUCCAAGUAGAAUCUUUAUUGGUUGAAUAAAUUAGUUUUGGUGUUUGGAUUACACCAACAUUGGAUUGAAAAUGUUAUGAAUUGGAUAAAAACAGAAAUAAAAAGAUGCUUCUGAUAUGUAAAAGUGUAAAUUAUGCAGGUCAACUUGCAGCUGUUUUGAUGUAUAUGUGAAAUGCCCUCACUUAGAGCUCAACGAGAGCGCAAAACAUAUCGCCCCAUGCCCUCUAAAUCUAGGCAUUGUAUGUAUCGACUCACAGUUGUGGCUGAAAAGAUUUUGUUUACAUAUCAGAGUAUAGUUUUUCCUGUUUUUACCUCACUUACCCAACUUAUUAGCAAACCGGUAUGUAGAACAUACAUUCGAAUCCUUAAAUCAUGAAAUCCAAUUCCACAUGCAAUUGUUCUCAAAGGAAAACAUUGUUUUGUUAUUUGUCAUCACAGCCUGAAGGGUAAAAAAAAAAAAAAAAGGAUACAAACUUAGAAAAAUGUGUUGAAUGUCUUUAGUUUCUUAUUUAAUUUAU